AUGGGAUAUAAUAUCGGGUGUAGAUUAAUUGAAGAGUUUUUAUCGAAAACAGGGGUACAAAGAUGUCAAACUUUCAAAGAAACAGCGGAUGUGAUCAGUAAAAUAGGGUUCAAGAUGUUUUUGAAUAUUCAACCACUUAUUGCCAAUUGGUCAAAUGAUGGUAAAGUUGUUUCCUUAAUACUCAUAGAGAAUCCACUUACGGAGUUCGUUGAAUUACCCGAAGAUAUGAAAACAUUAUGGUUCUCUCAAAUACUUUGUGGUGUAUUGAGAGGAGCUUUACAAAUGGUCCAAAUGGAUGUUGAUUGUUGGUUCAUAAAGGAUGUGUUAAGGGGUGAUGAACAUACAGAAAUCAGAUUGAAAUUAAAUAAAAUAUUGAAAGAUGAAGUACCUGCUGGUGAAGAGUAA